CAUGAACAUUUUUUUUGUAUCGAAAAAAUAUCUAACCGUGACACCAAAGUAUUGAACCGAACCGAAGCGUUAAUUUUGUGUAUCGUUGCACCCCUAAUAUAUAUACAUCAUAUAUCAUUUGCUAAAAUUAGAUUUACAUGUAUUAAUACUGACUGCUAGCCUUUUAGACAAAGACAAGGACAAAGACAAGGACAAGGACAUUCACUAUCGGCCUACUGUCAACCUCAUGUUUACAGUAGAGUAUUUACUUUUAGAAAUCACUUAUGUCUUAAAUUACACACCAGGCUGUGUAUGAAAUUGUUGGUGUAGUGCAUUUCAAGAAUCACAGAAUCACAGAACGCUAAUUCAGUCUGAUUCCAUAACAGCUAAAACACAGUCACUCUCCGCUAACACCUGAACCACAAUGUUUCCGGUUUAUUUUUUUAUUUUAUAUAUUUUUUUUAAUUUAUUUAAUUUUAAACUUUUAUUCUUCUCUCUCUCUCUUUCAGUCUUCUCUUUCAUCCCUCCAGCUCACCCUUCUCCUUGUUUGAUUUUUUCCCCCUUCUUUCUUGCAUGGAUCACCCGUUUCCCUAUGCAACGACAAACAACAUUUCUACAUGCUCACACAGCACGAUCACGCACACACAUAUGUGAUUAAGGGGAGCACAUUCACUACAGCCUCACAGUGCACACAGACAUAUAGGUCACACAAGCUCAUACACUCCUGGUCAUAUUAGUUAAUAUGCUCACACAUAUUCAGACUUAUGGAGCCUCUCGCCAACACAUUUUUCUUCUUUUUAUUUACAAACAAGUGAUGUGUUUCCAUUCUCUUCACCCGUCUAAGUGUAACACCCAGUGUACAUCAUUAUAUCAUUACACACACACAAAUAUGGGCACACUAAGGUUUGUCACAUAUAAUGUAAAUGGAGCUGGCAUAGGGGAAAGAAAUCAGAGAUAUUUAACCAGCUCAAAAAACUACAGGCAGACAUUGUUUUAUUACAAGAGACUCACAGAACUGUCACAGGUUUAAACCAACUUAAAACACCUGAGUUUCCUAAUGUGUUCACAGCCUGUUACAAUUCUAGACAAAGGGGAGUAGCAAUUUUAAUACAUUCCAUUCCAAACAAGGCCCCAAAGCAAGAUUAAGAUUGCAUGCAUAUCUAUAUGAGGUGUUGCAUUUACUUUAGAUGUCAGUCUUAUGCUUCAAUGUGCAGGGUUUCAAGGUUGAAAAUGACGUAUAAAUUGUAAAAAAACAAAAUAGGGCGUGUUUUCUUUCACUUUUAUGACAUAUAACUUUCCAUGAAGGGGGGAGGUUGUGCAGACUUUUGCUUUAGAAGCACAAUGACUAACAGUUCCUGUACUUCAGUCAACUUAAAACUCCAUGAACACAAAAUUCUACCUGCCAUUUAUGCCUUUGUUGUCAUUGUUGGUCUGGGAGGAAAUGGAUUGGGAUUAAAGUCGAUGCUGCAGAAAAAGAAGAAACUUCAACACAUUAAUCUGUUCCUUCUGAACCUUGGAGUCGCUAAUUUUUUGUUCCUGCUAACACUCCCAUUUUUGUCAGCGUACUACUUUAUGGACAGUAAUUGGAUCUUUGGAGAAGCCUUCUGCAAGAUCGCAAGAUUCUCCUUCAACCUGAAUUUAUACGGCAGCAUUGGAUUCCUCACCUGUAUAAGUGUGUACAGGUACCUGGCUAUUGUCCAUCCAAUGAAAGCGAUGGGACGAAUAACUGUGACUCACUCUGUGGCUAUCUCAGUUGUGGUUUGGCUGUUGGUGAGUGCUCAAAGUCUUCCAGACAUCUUCUUCUCCAAAAACUCACCAAAUAAAACUGAAAAAUGCUACCAUACCACCUCUGACGAAUAUGUGGAGGAUUAUCUGAAAUACAGUGUGGGUUGGACAUUGACUGGGUUUGUUAUGCCACUCCUUAUUUUACUUGGCUGCUAUGGACAUGUGACUCUUGUUCUCUGUCAUGCAAAUACCAUUAAGGAGGUGGUGAAAAAACGAGUGUUAAAGUUGUUAUUCAUCUUGAGCCUUCUCUUCUCGGUUUGUUACAUCCCCUAUCAUAUUUUCAAGAACCUCAGCCUUUAUUCAAGAGUUUUGUCAAAACAGGGGAAAUGUCCAGAUUGGAAUGAGGGAGUCUUUGGGGCUCACCAGAUAAGUCGUGGAAUUGUGUGUUUGAACAGUGUUUUGACUCCCCUGGUUUAUCUCCAUCUAAAGGAUUUCCCUACACGAUUUCAACAGCUGCUCCGGCGAACUCGUCAGAUCUUUAAUUGGCCAAAAUCAAGGAGUGGGAGAAUCCCUGUGACACAGUCUGAUAAAGUUUAACAAGUUUUCCAUAUGUUAAAAAUCUUAAAAAUGUUUUAAAUAAACCAGCUCUACACGCAUCUUUGUUGUAAUUGUAAUCGCACUGUAUAAAAUUUCACUGGUUUUGACUAAGUCAGUGUGGCACCCCUGAGUAUUUUGAGCAUCAAGAACAAGUCUCAGAUGUGUUCCUUAUGUGUUCGUGCAAGAGGUUGUCAAAGUGCAGAUUGGCUCAGCUUGGUGACCAGACAGGCACCCAAUUCCCAGAAUUCAGGACAUGCUAGAUUCCUUUCAUGGCAGCUCCUGGUCUGUUCUUGAUCAGGGGAAAGCAUACCAUCAGGGGUUCCUGGACCCUGAAAGUCGUCCCCUGACAGCCUUCAUCACACCUUGGGGCAUAUACCAGUGUAACCGCAUACCCUUUGGCCUCAGUUCAGCCCCCGCAGAGUUUCAGCGGAGCAUGGAGGACUGUUUAAGGGGCCUGCAGGAUGUAAUCUGUCAGCCAUAUUUGGACGACAACCUAGUCCACUCUCCUUCAUUUGAUACCAAUCUUGAACACAUCAGAGCCGUCCUACAGAGAUACCAAAAACAUGGUAUCGAACUCAGCCCACAGAAAUGUGACAUUUUCAAAAGAAAGGUACGUUUCCUUGGUUGGAUGGUGUCUGAAGAGGGAUAUACCAUGGACCCAGGGGAAAUAGUUUCUGUACAAGCUCUCAGAAAUAAACCACCAUCCACAGUGGGGGAACUGAGUCGGGUCCUAGGAUUCCUGUCCUACUAUAGGUCUUAUAGUAUAUGGAUAAGGUCUUCAAUCACUUUGCUCUGAACUUUGCUUUCCCAGCAUGAAUACACCAUGACAUGGGCAGGGAAUUUGAGAAUCAGAUGUUUUCCCAGCUGCAAAAAGUCUGUGGUCUACGAGGCUCUCACACUACCCCAUAUCAUCCACAAGGAAAUGGGCAAGUGGAGCGUUUCAACAAAACUUUAUUGUCCGUGUUGAGAACUGACCUUGAAAAGGCAGACUGGAAGGAGUCACUGGCAAAAGCAGUGCAUGCCUACAACUGGACUCAGAAUGAGUCUACAGGAUUUUCCCCGUACUAUUUCUUGUUUGGCCAUACUCCGAGACUUCCUAUAGACAUCUUGUUCAACUGUCCUUCACAAAAACAGCUACAUGUUAAGCUACAUGGAGUAUGUGUCAAAAUGGCAACCCCGAAUGAAGGAGGCCUAUGAGAUUGCAUCUAUGGCAGCCCAAAAAAUAAAGCUUCAAGAGGUAAAUAGUAUUACAACCGUAGGAUCUAUGGAGCUCAACAUCACCCAGGGAACAGAGUCCUGCUCCACAACCUCAAAGAGCGAGGAGGCCCAGGCAAGCUUCGGUCAUGAUGGGAGGACACAGUGGAUGUGAUGGUGAGUCAAAAAAGCCACACAGUACACGGGAACCUGUUGCUUCCAUGUGACAGCCUACCUGUAGAAAAAACACACAGAUAGGAGCAAAACAAAAGACGUAAAAGCCUAAGACAAAAGGGGGGAGAAGCUCAACAACGUCUACUACAGCAAGACAAGGACAUAGAGAGUGAAGAUGAGGGUGAGCUUGUGUGAAGGUUUCCACAGCAAAACAGUACCACCAGCAUUAUCCCUCAAACCCUGAAAUCUGAGGUGGGUGAACAACAACUGGGAGAGCCUCAAACAGCUGACUUAGACCCUUUCUUACAGGACAACAGAAACGUAAACGAACCUGAGUUGCACACAGCAGAGCAACAUUACAACCAACAGGAGUCACAAGAUGAGCAAAUAUCAGAUGAACAACAAGAUGAGCAAGGAAACAGUGACUCGAAUAGUGAACAAGGGUUGUCACCUGUCCUCAAACACCCCAAGAGAGAGCGACGCCAGCCCAAACUGCUGACAUGUGACGUGUUAGGACAACCCACAGUCAGACAAGCUGAUAUGGACAGUAUUAAAAUGGGAGCUAUUUGCACCCAGGGACUGUGGAGACCUUCGUGGCCUGAAGAUAUAUACCAGGAAGGUGUGAGAGACAGUAAUAAGAAACUGAUCCAGAAUAAAGACAUUAACCCUCUGGGGUUGACGGAUGCGCCGGCGCGUCAAAAUCACAUGACCAAUUUAGGACGAAACAGCUACAAGAUGCAGCGACUCAGAGUCUCCAUUUCAACUUGGGUCGAAAGUGCGGACUACAAACUAUAUACCAGUCUUUAAAUUGUGUCGAUAGGCCACGUUAAACCAGAGUUAUGAUAAAAAAUACACGCAAUGUUUUUUUCUGAACAAA